UACACACACACACACACACACACACAAACACACACACACACACACACACACACCACACACAAAGACGAGGAGGACCCACAGGCGCUCUGACUCUCUCAGCUUAGUUAGCACACACUGCUGUGGAGCGGCUGUCUUCAUCCCACUAUUGUCCCUGUGAUGACCACGGAAGACAAAGGAAACUGAUAUCUGGGCUGUGGAAACUGUCAGCACAGCACAGAGAGGAAACAGGAUUUUGUGUGUGUGUGUGUGUGUGUGUAUGUGUGUGUGUGAGAGAGAGAGAGUGUGUGUGUGUGUGUGUGUGUGUGUGUGUGUUGAGUGUGUGAGUGUUUGUGUGUGUACAACAGCAUAUGUGCCACUGAAUCAUGAAGAGUUUAUUACGAGGGAUUCUAUGAUAAAGGACAACAUGAAUGUCUUCUAACGCCAUGCGACUAUAAACCGACGCUCGUCCACCUUCGAGAAGCUGCUGGUCAAAGGUCAGUGCCUCUUCCCUCUGACCACUCCACCGGGUGGUGCCCCAUCAUCAGUGACCCGCCGCUCAGCCGCCAACAUGCUGCAGCAGAUUUUAAAGGACAUGUACAUCGACCCCGACAUGCUGAACGCCCUCAACGAGGACCAGAAGAAGACGCUGUUCCUCAAGAUGCGCCAGGAGCAGGUGCGGCGCUGGAAUGAGCGCGAGGAGAAGCAGGAGCGAGAAGAGGUGGACGGCGAGUGCAGGCGAGCGAAGCCAAAAAAAGCCAACAGUAAGAGUGUGAGCUGGCUGCUCGGCCGGGACGGAGACGUGGCCGUCAUCCUGAUCGGGGAGGUGGAUGAGCUGAGCUCCAAAUUCAUCUGCUCAGGAUUGGGAGAAAGGAAGGCGCAGUGUCUCCAGAACAGCACAUACCUGCAAACUAUCUUGAAGAGCAGAAACACCACAGAACCUGUCAGAACGGAGAGAGAGAACAUCCUUCAUAAAACACAACCUGGAAUCUCACUGAAUUUAAAGGAGAAACGCGAGGAGACAAGCACUUUACUCCCUCUGCCGGUGUCAGUGAGCGAGCAUUCAUCACCUCCAGCAGCAGAGAAGCCCGAGCUGAAGUCAGUCGGUGCGACGGAGGAGAAGUCAGUUCCCGAGCCCUCCAUCUGCUCCAGGGCUCUCAUGAGAGUUAGCCCUGUCAACGUGAGACCGGCGUCUGCAAAUGCAGCACCAGGCUCUGUCAGCGGGCGGCCCGGCUUCACAAAUCUGAGGCUGGCCACCGCCGCGCCGUACUCAUCCCCCAGCAGCACUGUCAAAAUAGACUCUGGGUCGAGGGCACCCUCUACGAGUGGUCUGUGCUCGCAGGAACCUCAACAGGCCCAGGAAGCACAAGUUUCGAAAGAUAUUGGCGCAUCACAAGUAUCUGAGUGUGCUGCCUCCGAGGAGACCGGGCCAUCGGGGAGCGCACCAACCUGCGCAGGGCGUGGCCGGGUGGCCCAGCUGAUGAAAACCUUCAGCACUGAAAGCGCUACACCCCCCGCUCGGGGCAUCAAACCUGCCCUCCCCUCAAAGCCUAGCCACUUGCGUCUGACGACCACACCCAGCGUCAGGUAAUCCACGCGCUCCGACGUGCAAAAGCCCACCCAGCGUCGCCCAUCCGAGUUCUUCAAAGAAAGCCAAACUGGACACCUAUUGUGAAGCGUCAGCCAACGGGCUAAUGAGACUCUGAUGGUGCCCCUCAGAAACGAUGAAGCUCACAAUGUCCCAAAGUUUUACUGGGGAAAUGCUUGAAUGUACAUUUUUUAAAAACUUUUAGAUGGUGCAGCACUGUUAACUUUGUGGGAAAGAAAUUCCAAAGCAAUCAAUUGCAACUAAAUAUUACAAUCAAAUGAACACUAGAACCGUUACUUCUACCUUUUCUGUAUUUGCCAUAAUGACGAUCACGUUUUCACCAGAUUCUCUCCACAAUCCCUCAUAGUAAAAAACACACACAGUUCUUAGUCCAAUUCACAAAGCCUUUACACAAAAUAUUGUUUACUCAUGAAUUCCAUUACUUUCACCUGCUAUUGUGAGACAGUUUGCUCGUGUGCAGCGUUUCCUCUUUUUAAUUUCUGCCUCCUUGAACAAAAGAGUGAGGACGGGCAGCCACAAUGGGUUGAACUAAGGUACAGUAGGUCCUCCUUCAUCUUGCUGUCUCCUCCCUGGGAAUAGUGUAGGGUUGUUUAUUUGUCACAAUGCAAUGUAUGUCUCCCUAUGCCACCUGGCAGGAGUCUCAGUGCGACCUGUUGUGGACCAGUGACAGUGCCAAAUGCCUCAUCUGUCAUUCCCAGUGGAUCAAAUCCUGGCAAGUUAGACAGUAGCUGCCAAAUAAUCCAGCUUUGUGCUCCUCUUUUACUAUUUUUUUCCCCAGUGCCAUUUUAGAGAUUUGUGGUUGUAUUUUGUUUUUACAUUUUCUAUAUGGAGAAAUGUUUUUUUUUUUUUUAAUGGGAUAUUUAACUCUAUCCUACAAUGCUGACUUGUACAAUGAGAGGCAUCUGUAUGUCAGAUGUCAAAGUUGCAUGGUGAAAUCAAAGAAGCAAUAAAAAUUGUGUAAAUUGUAAAAAAAAUUAUCUUGAAGAAAAUAAAUUGUGUUGUUUCUCUUUUC